AUGAAUUUCUACGGAGUCUAUUUGCUUUAUUGCUUAAAUCCGAAAUACAGAGGACGAACGUAUAUUGGAUUUACGGUCAAUCCCAACAGACGUAUAAAUCAGCACAAUAAAGGAAAAGAAGCCGGUGGUGCAGUGAGAACGCACGGAAAAGGACCAUGGGAGAUGGUUUUAAUUGUUCAUGGUUUCCCUAAUAUGAUAUCUGCACUUCAGUUCGAGUGGGCUUGGACAAAACCGAAAUUAUCAAGAAGAUUAAAGAAUUUGCCAAAUAAAAAAGCUGCUGAUAAAAAAUACGAUUAUUGCAUUAAUGUGUUAUGUCACAUGGUUAACACUGGACCGUGGAAUAGACUUCCAUUGACUAUUCGUUGGCUAAAGCAGGAGUACAAAUUCAGUAUUAACGUUGAACCUCCUCUUCAUAUGGCUAUUGAACAUGGACCUGUGAAAAAUGUUAGACGGAAAGUAGAGGCGGAAGAAAAUCACGUUACAGAGUUUAAAACUCAACAGUGUGUAUUGUGUUUGCACUGUUUUAAUGAAAACGACAAUACCAUCUCGUGUUUCCAUUGCAAUACGUCGUACCAUACAAUGUGCUUGGCAGACACUAUUUUAAAUGCGCAAACAUCUGACAGAACAACAAAGUUGACCAAACAUCUAUUGCCAGUUGAUGGUACUUGUCCAAAAUGUUUUCGAAGCAUUCUGUGGGGAGACCUGAUUCGAUUCAAAAAAGGGGGUUUUUCAGAAAAAUGUGUUAAUGAUACAUGUUUUAUGGAAUGA